AUGUCUCAGAAACAGGACAUCUUUGCUUCACUGGACAUGAAUGGCCGUGCACAAAAGAAACAAAAAAUUACGGUGAGUAAGGCUCAACAAACCCAGAGUAAUGUGCGCACAGAAAAUUUCCAGAACACAGAUAUUUUGUUCCAAACACCGACGUCACACCAAACAAAUACAGACGUUUUCGGAUCUUUACUACAGACAUCUCCUAAACAACCAGCAAAUCCUCCUGUAACGCCCGCGUUCGAGUUUUUGGAAGGAUCUAGUUUGUCACAUACAAGCGGCUCACCAACACCAAAAACUCCAUCACCAAGUCGUUCACCAAAUAACACAAAUUUGUUCGACUUCACGGAAGCACCAAAGACCUCAAAAUCCCCAGUUGCAAACGUUUCAUUUGACCUCACAGACAAAACUCAGAGCGGGAAAGGUGGAUAUGUCAGACAAGCUUCAGCACCACCAAAAACAGAGAACUUGAGAUAUGGGAAAGAAGCUAAAGAAAAUAAAGAGAAUAAAGGUAAUGACUUUUUCGCUUCUUUGAACUUCGCUAAGCCGAAACAGACCGAAACUGCACAACAAAACAGCUCAAUGUUCGACACCCCAAAUACAAACAACUCGGUCAACGACUUUUUCACUUCCCUCUCACAACCAAAAACUCCAGAAAACCAAAAGAAAUGUGAUAUUCCAAAGACCGAAAAAUCCCCAGUUGAUAUCGACUUUUUCUCUUCGACACCACCUAAAAAAACAGAAGAAGAAAAGAGCACAGAAACAACAAACGCUGAGGCCAACUCGUUUGGCUCGAAACCACAAAGUCAGGCUUCGCCAAAUGAAACAGAACAACAAAAAGAGGAAAAGAAGUCUGACAACAUCAUGGACUUCUUCUCGUCUGUUCCAUCAAGCACCACACCAUCAGAGAAAAAGUCCAACUUUGUUGACCCACUCGCCGAGACCACAGAAGAAGAGGAAGACCCGACAAAAAUUGUCUACGGCAACAAGACGGAGCUGAGUGUUAGUAUGGUGAAUGAGUGGGCGUAUGAAAAGGGCACUACUCAGAGGAAGAAUAUCCGGUCGUUGUUGAAAACGCUGCAGGACAUUUUGUGGGAAGGACAGAAGUGGAAGAAGCUUGGGAUGACGGAUCUGUGUGACUAUGACGGUGUUGUUACCUGGUAUAAAAAGGCUGUUGUGUUGAUCCACCCAGACAAGAACCAAUUCAGAAGUCAAGACCAAUUGGAAUGCGCACAGGUGCUCUUCGACCACGUUAGGAACUCGUACAACAUCUUCCGUAAAACGGAAAAAAAGUGA